UUACAACCGCAGAAGCAGUAUCCAGCAUGUUAAGUGCUGAAUUGUGUGGCAUCACUCCGCUGAACACCAGGAUAGUUGGAGGUGAAGAUGCUCCAGCAGGGAGUUGGCCCUGGCAGGCUAGUCUGCAGAGAUUUGGCAGCCAUAUUUGUGGUGGUUCCCUCAUCAACAGAGAGUGGGUGAUGUCUGCUGCUCACUGCUUCUCCAGUACAAGUACAUAUAGAUGGAAGGUUUCUCUCGGUCGUCAGAACCUGCAGGGCAAAAACCCAAACGAAGUGUCCAGAACUGUUGCCAGAAUCAUUUUGCAUCCAAACUAUGACAGCGACACCAACAACAACGACAUCGCUCUGCUCAGACUCUCCUCACCAGUCGAAUUCACAGACUACAUCAGACCUGUGUGUCUGGCAGCCAGUAGCAGUGUGUUCAACAACGGUACUGAUAGCUGGGUCACUGGCUGGGGAGCAGUCAAGGAGGGAGUUUCAUUACCCUUCCCUAAAACUCUACAAGAAGUGGAGGUGCCAGUUCUGGGAAACAGACAGUGUAACUGUCUCAAUGGAGUCGGCACAGUCACAGACAACAUGAUCUGUGCUGGUUUUCUGGCAGGGGGCAAAGACUCUUGUCAGGGUGACUCAGGAGGUCCAAUGGUGAACCAGCAGGGCUCUGUCUGGGUCCAGUCUGGAAUCGUUAGUUUUGGUUUUGGCUGUGCUCGGCCCAAUCUGCCAGGAGUCUACUCCAGAGUGUCCAGUUACCAGUCCUGGAUCAACUCCCACAUCACAUCUGAUAAGCCGGGCUUUGUCCAGUUCAGCUCCAGUGGGCUGGAUGCUGACAGCAGCUACACCUGUCCUGGCCUGCCACCUCUUGUCAUC